AUGGGGGCCAGCCUCCAGCACACCUUCCGGGAACGUGAGACCCCGAACGCAGAUCCGGCCCGCAUCCGCGACAACACCGUUCUUGCCGGAGCCGAGGACAGCCGCGGGGUUCUCGAUGCCUGGCGUGCCCGUGCACCUGAGAAGAUCCGGGCCAACGCAGUCCACGGGCUGGAAUACUUCAUCGGCGGCAGCCCGGGCGCGCUGAACGCCAUGAGCCGCGAGGACCAGGACGCCUACUUCCGCCGGGCUUUGGACUGGAUCGAAGAACGGCACGGCAAGGAAAAUGUCCUGUCGGCCGUGAUCCACCGCGACGAGGCCACCCCCCACAUGACCGUCAUGACCAUCCCCCUCGAUGACCGGGGCAGGCUGAACGCCCGCGCCCUCGUCGGGGACCGGGGCAAGCUCUCGGCCAUGCAGACCGACUUCGCGGAACGGGUCGGCAAGCCGCACGGGCUUGAGCGCGGCGUCGAGGGGUCGAAGGCCACCCACGAGCGCGUCCAGAGGGCUUACGCCCACCUCAACGACCCUGAGCACGCUGUAGAGCUUCCCGAGCGCCUCACAGGCGGCUUUCUGGGCCGGGGUAAGGAAACCGACGAGGAAUGGCGCCGCAGGGCCUCACAGGCCGCUACAGACGCUCUCCGAGGCGCAUGGACGGCCCUGCACCGCGAAAGACGGGACCAUGCAGCCCGCAUCAGCGAAUUGCGCGGUGAGCUGGCCUAUGAGCGCGCCAGGAAUGGCCCAGAUGAGGCCCUUGAGCUGAACCAGACGCUGCUGGCCGAAAACACCGCCCUUCGCCAGCACAUCAACGCCCUCGAAGAUGAGGCUGACGGGCUGGCCCAAGAAGCUGCACAGUGGAAGCAAAAGAGCGAGUCAGCGCGUUACAUGGCCCGCGCCAUCCUGCUCGCCGGGAAGGGCGUGGUGCGCGAGCUUGGUGGCGAUCAGAACGCCAUCGGCGUGAGGGCCAAGGCGAUGCUCGUCGAAGAGAGGGAGCGUCAUCGACCCGAGGUCGAUGACGAGGGGCACGGCUGA